UAACAAAACUCACAUCACUACGUUAAACAAAGAUUUGGACGACAAUUUGGACGAAUUGGUGGCUUAGCUGUGAACGCCACGACGCACCCUCCCAUCCAGUGAUGCCUCCUGGUCAUCUCGGGGCAUCACCCAUUCUCCGGCGGACCGGAGUCUAUUCCAGGCGGUCUGGCGACCGACUCAUCUCCCCCAGGUUAACUUGUACAUGGCAGAGUCCGCGCCUCCCAGAUCCUCAACGUGGUCGCGACCCUAGCCAGAGAUGCGCUCGCGCCAAGGCUGCCGCCAAAGGAUCAAAAGAAGUGGCCAAGGAGAAAUGGCCAACGACACACCGGCCAACAAAUUACUUUACGUACCCCUUUCCUACCUCGGGUCCCUACUGGAGCUCCAAAAGAAACCACAAGGCACUUGUGUUGCACAAAUCCCGGACACAAGGCUCGAAUACGCGGAGAAAAAGGUACGGCGACAAGUGAGUUACAGAAUACAACAAAAACUAUUACUUAGAACGAAUAACUUAAAUAUUAUAAUUUUAUUUCCUCUAUAUUUCCGGCGACUGAGAACGAUGGCCAGAAUGGGGCAGACGAAGCCCAGGAUUGGUGACUAGCGGAAUUCGGCCAGGACUAGCAGCAAAAAAUGUAGGCCCUACAAGCGGCAUGAACAUUAGCCGACCACCUAGGUUAGGGCCGGCCGAAUUUUGCUCGGAACGGACUCACCGCUGUCUUCCAGUUGCCGCUGGGUACGCCGCACAGUAGCGCCUUUUCUCAUUUAGCGUUGCAAAAAUCAUAUCUUUUGAACCAAAUAAGGUAAUCGAAUA